AUGGCCGAUGCUUCUGCAGAAGUUGAUUUGGAUUCUGUUAUCGACCGCCUUUUAGAAGUGCGUGGGAACCGACCUGGCAAGCCGGUCAACCUGUCCGAAUACGAGAUCAAAUUCCUUUGCACCAAGGCACGAGAGAUCUUUAUCGCACAGCCCAUCUUAUUGGAAUUGGAGGCUCCCAUCAAGAUCUGUGGAGAUAUCCAUGGCCAAUACUAUGACCUGCUGCGUCUAUUUGAAUACGGUGGCUUCCCACCAGAAGCGAACUAUCUCUUUCUUGGCGACUACGUAGAUCGAGGAAAGCAGAGUCUGGAGACGAUCUGUCUCUUGCUAGCCUACAAGAUCAAAUACCCCGAAAACUUCUUCAUCUUGAGAGGCAACCACGAAUGCGCCAGCAUCAACAGGAUUUACGGAUUCUACGAUGAAUGCAAACGACGAUACAACAUCAAGCUCUGGAAGACCUUCACCGAUUGCUUCAACUGUUUGCCCAUCGCUGCCAUUAUCGAUGAAAAGAUCUUCACGAUGCACGGGGGUCUCAGCCCUGACCUUCAAAGCAUGGAGCAGAUUCGAAGGGUUAUGCGCCCGACCGAUGUCCCCGAUACAGGACUACUCUGUGAUCUCCUGUGGUCAGACCCUGAUAAGGAUAUCACGGGAUGGAGCGAGAACGAUCGGGGUGUUAGCUUCACGUUUGGGAGCGAUGUGGUAUCGCGGUUCUUGGCAAAACACGACAUGGAUCUCAUCUGUCGGGCACACCAGGUCGUAGAAGACGGUUACGAAUUCUUCGCAAAGCGGCAACUGGUUACCUUGUUCUCGGCUCCCAAUUAUUGUGGAGAGUUCGACAAUGCUGGAGCUAUGAUGAGUGUAGAUGACACCCUCCUCUGCUCAUUCCAAAUUCUGAAACCGGCGGAGAAGCGUGCGCCCAAGUACGGCAUAGGUGGAGUCACUCCUCCCAGGAAGCAGAAGAAGAAGGACGGAAAGGGCGCAUGAACGGACCUAUGAACGCAUAUCUCUUUCAACGCUUUCACGAUUCAGGAUGGAGACGACAACCGAAUGCGAUGUUUGCCUGGUAUCCGGAGCCGUAACAAGGUCGGACCAAAGCAAGAGGACGAUAGUGCCGGAGAGGGCACUUGUAUUUUCACCCGGGGGCUUGUCUAGAGACAGCUCAUCCUAUGGUCCACGCGACUUUUUCGGGAUCUCAGACUUUCCCAAGCUUAGCCUGUGCAGCCAACGCAUUCCUCAAUGUGUAAUCACGAAUGAUGACCUCGAAUACAAAGCCCGUAUCACCCGUUUCCUUGCUGGCUCGCUUGGCCCCGACUCUUAUCCUAUCGUAAAAGUAGCUCGGUCGAGCCAUUGAUCAUCGAUUGUGCAGCCUACUGAGGCGCGCAAGUCCCAUGCUUCAAGACAAUCUGCAGGUGCAGACUGGGUGAUCUGCAUCGCUGAAGCUUCCCACAUAAAGCUCUGAUGCGGUCGAAGCCUUUUCGC